AAUCGCCCCGCCGCGCUCAGUCCGACCCGGACGUUCGAGGGAGACGCGUCUCUCAUCCGUGGUACGUACGCGUCGUUCCGGUUCGCACGUUGUCCUCUUGGCAGGCCUCGUAUCCGCUAGGUGUUUCGGCGCGGUACAUCCGCGAAUCGGCCGCGUCUCCGGUCGCCCGGCAACGAUCGUGCGCGAUCGGACAAGGAACAGAUCUCCGCACGCCACCGGUCCGCCGUGCUGGUCUCUCGUACGCACAGUGGAGUGGCCGUGGGCCGACCGUGCACCGUGCACACGAGGGUUGAGCCGCGGUGAGUGGGAAGAAGAGAGGCCCCAGAGAGGGAGGGAGAGAACGCGUGCAGUGUGCAGACGGUCCUGCUCGCGCCCGGUCGCACGCCGCGCCGCGCCGCUCCGGAGGAACACCGCUGGGGAUAGAAGCGCGAAGAAAAAGGUCUCUCUCCGGCGCUCUCUCCGUCUCUCUCGAUUCUCGGCUGCCUCGCCGGCUUUCCACGGCCACGAAUCGAUACCACGCGACCGUCGUCGCCGCGUCGGUCGUUCCUCUCUGCCGACCUCUUCUAUCGCCGCGUCCGUUCCCGUCGAUUUUUCUGCCGCCGCGCGGCGAGUGACCGCCGCCGCCGCUGCCGGGCCACCAGCCGGCCACCGAACGGCCACCGACGGCCGCGCGCCCUCCUCUCGGACCCGCCAAAAGCCGCGGAUCUCUCUCUCUCCGUCUACGCUGGAUGUAUAGCGGUCGCGGCAAGGUGCUUGUUGUUCUCGUGUUCCCCCAGUGCGGCAUUCCGAACAGUCUUACCCGGCGCCGUGACAAUAGUGUUUUUGUUUACCCGUGCGGCAGCCCGGUUCCGUCUGCCGGGCUCUAGUGUCGUUGCUCUGUGUGGCACGUGACGAUCGGCUUGUUUGGAUUGGUGCUUAACGUUUCGGCGGCCUCCUCUCUUUUGUGUGUCUGUCUCUCGGCGGAAUACGGAGUAGUCCUCGCCGGUGCCCGCGGAUUCGAGACGCCUGCAACGUCUUCGGAAGAUGUAGUUGCGGCUUCCGGCGAGAAACAGCCACCAGAGCGAAGAUCCCGGUCCCGCGCGCGAGUCGGUUCGUCGUCAGACAGAGGUGCUGUGAUGAGGGAAGCCGGUUAAAGGAUCCCGUGACGCGCAGGCGCCGGCAGGAGUACAGGAAAGAUGCUGCCAUCCUCGAGAGCUUUAUUAAGCCCGCUGCUGCUUCUAAUCAUCGCUGGAAGCACCGGUGCCUUCAGCUCCCGACAAGGAGAAUGCACGUUUCCACCAAGAUGGGAGGGCACCUGGUUUCAAAGCGGCGUCACCCAUCCGAUCAUGAUUUCGAGAAACGAGCUGUCCGGCAAGGGCAGGUGCCUGCACAACGAAGGCGACAAGUUCCUCUUGGUGAACGAAAAAUCCUGCUACCGUUGCGUGGUCAUCCACGAGAAGCACUCGAACGUACUGCAGUAUAAAGAAACUUACUGUAACAGCAGAAGCACCCUGGCAUCGCUGUGCUCGUCCAUCACGGGAGAUGCGCUGCUCUACUCGAUGUUCCGGGAGGAGGCGACACCUGUUCCAUGCCCGUUCCGGGGCCCCAUGACCUUCUCGUACAACCGGGGCCACGGGACUUGCUCGAUCCCAGUGAGCAACGUCGACACCUGCACAGACGACAGCAGGCUGCUCUUCAGAUACCAGGCGUGCCCGGACAUACCCGCGUCGGAGAGCGCAGUUGAGGAGCUGGAAUGCCUGGCCACCUGGAAGGAGGGCAGCAGCCGCUACCUGGUCGGCCGUUUACAUCACGGACACGCGUCCAGUAACGAAGAUCGAUACCGAUGCUUCGUCUACGAGAAGGCCGGCCAGACAGUGCAGGGUAAUCUGCACAGAGCUGCCAUGGGCAUGGGAGCCAUGGAUCAUGAUGUCGGGUUACAGAGCGGACCGGCGCCGGAGGGUUCCGCCGAGAUAUACCGAAUGGCGCAGAGCGGAGACGCCACCUGCAACGGCCUGUUCAGCCCGAUGGAGGGCUCGAGGACCAUGACGCUGAUGAAAGUCUCGCCACCCGGCCAGUGCCGAUUUCCCAAUUGGUUGACCGGCCAUUCCAGCGGCGGACUGACCUGGCACACCCUCGACCUGACCAGGUCUUACACGUUCCACCCGAGGAACGCGUCCCUCCACGUUACCAGAUCGAACACCAGCUCCUCCAGGUUCGAGAGCGGGCUAUUCGACGGACAAUACGUCCCUGGACAAGAGGACCAGGACGUCAAGAUCCUUUGCAACAGCAUCAAGCAAUCCAACAUCGCCCAGGCCAUGACCAUGACCACCCUGGUCGCCCACUUCACCGUCGGAUGCCGGAGCGGUUUCAUGUGCAUGACGUUCUACCGAAGGGACAGUCACGUGGUUGAGGUGCAGACCGGAAGCGCCGUAUCCAGACCCGAGGAAGCUUGCAGCCCGCCGCACGUUCAGCAACACAACGUACCAUUCCUCACCUUAGUCACGAGCUCGCCGGAGCCACGCACGUGCCCCUACCUCGGCAAGUUCACGGUGACGGGCGUGAACCGGAACCAGCGCAACAUUCGCGAGAGCCGGAGGAACCAGCAUCAAGAGGGCGUCAGAAGGGAGCGGGAGAAGGUGCGGCACGCGCAGGAGCGGACGCAGGAGGAACGGCGGGGUCGUAAGCUGGACUUCGAGGCGGAGAAACGGCGGGCGAACAACGAGUACCUGGUGCACGAGAGAAUGGGCAGGCGGGCCAGAUCGAACCGGAACAACCGGGCCCACCGGGACUUCAGUCUGGAGGAGGUCUCCUCGAAGAAGUCGCUGGACAUCGAGGACCUGCUCUGGGACCACUCCAGGUCCAAGGCGAGGAGGUCCGAGGAGCAACGGGUACCCGGCGACAGGUCCAAGGCGAGGAGGCCGCAGGAAAGAUCGAAGAGGAGCCCGAAGAUGGAGGACUUCCGGUGGACCGCGGAGGACCUCGAACCGUUCAAGCAGAUAUGGUCCGACUUUGACGACUCCGACGUGGCGACCAUCCUCGAGAUGCAGGCCGAUUACUUCGGUGAUUAUCCGGACACCGCGGACCUACCCAAGAAGAGGUCCGGCUGGCACCAUCGCCGCAUGACCUACAAGGAUCUGUUCAGGACCAGAAGGGACCUCGAGGAGCUAGACUCCGGCGAGUCCUCCGAGAGGAGGGAGAAGAGAGAGGAGGACAUCUCUAGAUGCAGCUCGGAGGUCACCACCAUCACCAUCGGCUGCUCUACGGCGGACAGGAUGGAGUUCCAGACGGACUGCGUCGACGACAACUCCAUUGCGUACUCGUGCCACGGUCGAUGGUUCGACGCGGAGGGCACCCAAUUCGUGAUCGCCACCCAGCUGGCGCCCGGGACAGCCUGGACCAGCGAGAACAACAGACCCCAGCCCUACAGGAACAGCCGAAGAUUGUGCUUCAUGUACAAAGAGAGCGGAGGAGUUGUCAGCUUGACUGCCAGCGAGGUGGCCUGCCAAAGGGGAAUACCUCCGCCCCCGCCGAUGUUGGCCUUCAAUGCUACUAGUACCGGCCAGUGCAUGGAGGAGAACAGGGGCUUCGUCGCCCGAUCGACGUACCUCCUGAUCGUCGGCCUGACGGCGGUCGUCGCGGUAUACAGGUGAUUCUAAUCGAACGUGCGACGAUCUGACGACCGUUAACGCUGCGACGUCUUUGUAUAAUCUGCGUGACACUGCCGGACACAUCGGUGCGGGGUGACGAGAACGAGAAACGGGAGAUGGCACACGUGUAUAAUAAACAAACAACAAAGUAUAUAUAUAUAUAUAUAUAUAUAUAUAUAUAUAUAUAUAUAAAUAUUAUAUAUAUACAUACACAAAAGCCUUCGUCGCGAAUCACCGAACAAGAUCGGUCGAGCGUCCGGGCGAACGGCAAGGAGCGAGUACGGGCGAGGAGCGAGGGGAGCAGGACGACGAAGAGGAGAUGGUCGAUCGGGAAGAUAUGGUCCGGAGGAAUCGAUCUUCGGCUCGCGUCCGUAGCUCCAGCUAGCCUCUCCGAUUCGUCGGGGGAGGUUCGUGCUCGCGUAACCGCCGGGAAGCAUAUUCAGCAAGCGAGUCGAGAGAACCGCGUACAUUCGGUGCGCAUGGUGCUGUAACCUUGGCAGUUGGGGAUAGUAUUGCCAGGCAGUUCGCUGGAACCCACGUGACCAGUAGUGGGGAGAGUGGAGCGACGGGCACGCGGAGAGGCUCUGUGGGUGACGCGGCGUCUAGCGGACUGCCUGGCAUCACUGAUUUAGGUCUGAGACACUGGCUCUCCUUUGGCUGGGGCCACACCUUGAUAAGUACAGCCGGUACAAUUGGCACGAUUUGACGCGGCAAAAAAGCGAAACGCUGAUUUCUCUCAUACGAAGUGAUUUCAUGAGAGAAAGGGCAAGGGGGUCCAGAGGGUCUUGGCAUCCGGAGCCACUUCUGAGCGAGUCCUGCAGAAUCGCCUAGCAACAGCGAUGAUGCGACGCAGUCUACUAGAAGCCACGUGACUCAGAGUGGGGAGAGAGAAGCCAUCGGCUCGCGGAGGGGAGAGUGGAGCUACGGGGCCGUGGAGGGGAGAGCCGAGCCACUGGCUCAGGGAGGAGAUAGUGGAGCUACGGGCCAGUGGAGGGGCCCUGUGGGCCACGUGGAGUGACAGCCUGAUAUCACCGGUUCAGGACUCCAGCUCCCCUUCGGGUGACCCAGGAGGAAAAUAACCUCGACCGGUGCACUCGGUAGAAUUGGCACGACUUGAUGCGACAAAGAAGCGAAACGCUGGCCCCUCUCGCUCGAAGGGACUCCGCGAGAGAAGGAGCAUCCGAGCGUUUGGAGCCUCCUUUAAGCGAGUCCUGCAGAGGCGCCUGUACGACGGAACCUUCUAGGGAAGCCUGCCAAGGGAACACGCCAGGGGACUUCCCAAGGGAGCCCUCCGAGGCUCUCUCCAAGAGCGAUUCCUUUUCUGUGUCGGUUCGCUCCGGAAACCCGGCGACCGAACGCCGAGCACGAGCCUCACCCGGCCAGUAGGUUUUUUACCGACGUAGCUCGUAGGCACUAGCUAAUUAAAAAGUCAGGCAAGGCUAACGAAGGAAGUAACCGCGCGAGUUUUUAUGGUCGGACCCAUAUCACGAGAUCGCGGCGCACCGAUCGAUCGGAUUCUACGCGCGGCGAGCGAGACCACCGCGGGACACUCACUCCCCCCACCACCAGCAGUUCGGUUGAGGCGACGAGAGGUUGCGGCGAGCGACGCGAUCAUCGAUCCGGGUUGCCGUCUUUCGGGGGGCCCACGCGGUCGGCGGCUUCCGGGGGAGGGGGCGGUUUCACUCAGCCAAGAUUUCGAUGGUGAUUCUUUACGAAUUUUCGGCUGUCCGCUUUAAAUAACCUGCUCCUGCAGUAUUAGGCGUUUGGGCGAUUAAUCGGGGAUACUUUACCGAAGGUGUUUAAUCGGGGCUGCUUAAUCGAGGUUGAUUAUACAAAAUAAUACUACUGGUUAAUUGGAUUAAAGUCUGCAUUAGCUGUUCGGUGGACGUUCGAGACGUUUGUGUUGUGUCACAAGAAGCAAUUCGUCUCUCGGGAGACUUUCGACGCGUUUCGAAUUACGCUUCGAGAUCAGCGUGCUUUUGCUGAGACAGGCGAGAUUUUUUUUGCCUUUUGUGAAAUAAAAUUGAAUCUGCGACACGAUGGCUACCGUGUCGGUGUAUGUAUAAAUAUUUGUUCGGACUUGGAAGAUAAUUUCUACGCCAAUGGACCACGUAUAUCGGCGGUUACGUCAAGGUCAUUACGCAAAAAUAUCGGAGGAGUGCAUUAACGACCUUUUAAUUUUUAUUUUAUUCGAACUAUCGGUGGUGAAAAACUAUCGGUUUUGAAUUAUUUGCUACAGUCGCUACCAGAUCCUAGACGUUUUAUUCUUAUUUAAUAAUUUCGCUUCCGGUGGACCAAAUAAUUUUCUGAGAAUUAAUAUUCAUCUUCAGAGAUACUCGUCUCGCCCAAAUGCAAUGCAAUAUUAAAAAUAAUAUUCUGAAUCACUGAGCUACCGCAUUCAAAUUCGGGUCAACCGGGACGUUCUUCGUAAACAUUCGAUCUCGGAUUUAAAUGCUCGGUCUGUCGAAAUAUCACCACCGGCGUAACCGAAAAAAAUAGGGGAGGCCCGAUAGAAAAAAAAAAGAAAUCAGUUCGAAGUAGAAUCGGCGGCAGAUUUUGCGGACAAUCGGGCUCGCCCGCGGCGGGAUUCGGUUACCGCUCGAAAUAUUAGCCGUCCGGUAUUAUGGGCAGAUUGCGCUGUAGCUGUUAUGUAACAGCUACAAAGGGUUUAGUAGCCGGUGCGCCGUCGCUAUUAUAUAAUAGCUGUAAUAGCCGGCGGCUGUAUUAAUAACCGAGUGGCGGGGCCCGCGAACACCGGCCAAAGAGGGAGAACAAAAAAGAAAAGAGCGAGCGGGGCGGGAGGGAGGCGGGGUAGAAGAGCGAGUUAAUAAAAGGAGAAAGACGAAAAAAGGAAGGCCGUUUCAAAGCUUCCGGUUGUCUGCGUUAUUUUUCUAUCGUCACGGUGAAAAGAACCGGCGCUCUGCGCGCGUUGCGUCCGCGCCGCUUUCGAGGGCCGGCCGACCGGACGAUCGAUGCCCGCGGAUUUAUUAAAAAUACAUGGAAAACCCUUUGCCGAGUGGAACAAGGUCCGAUCCGGACCGGUCCGUUCUCGCCGAGGCGGCCGGUCGUCCACGGCGAAAUUGAAUCGACGAAACUGUGUCGGCAACGGUCCGCCAAGCGAUACAAUCCGCUCCCAUAUCGGAAUUAUUCGCGCGGAGUCUUCCCAGGGGGCGUGCCGAGAAACGGUAUCGGGCUCCGGCCAAUCACGAGCCGUCUCAGCACGGUUUGAACGCGUUCCGGUAAUGGAUAUUGCUUCUACACUUGGAGGAAACUUCCCGCCAAAAUCUCAAAUCGCUAUUUUCUGCUCUUUAGUUUUAUGUCCUAGCUCUGUUUACAGCGGUGUGGCUUGUUUACUAUUGUUUUCUAUUUACGGUUGUUGGG